AUGUCAAUCAACUUUAUAUCAAUAUUAAAGAAAUAUAAUCAUACAAAUACAAAAAAUUUAUAUUAUACAAAAUGUUUAACUAAAAAGUCAUUUAUAAUUAAUAAUACUUAUUCAAAUAUCAAUAAUAGAAGAUAUUUUCAUGAUUCACCAAAUAUUCAAUCUACUACUACUACUACAACUCCAACAAAUUCAACUAUACCACAACAUCAUAAUCAUAAUCAUUCAGAUUCAUCAUUAAUAGAAUUAAAUAAAUCUAUAAAUGAAUCUAAAUCAAAAUUAAAUAAACAAUCACUUAAAUUAAAAAAUUCUAAUUCCAAUACUAUUACAAAUUCUUCAAUUCUAUCAAAUUCAAAUGAAUAUUUAAAAGUUUAUGAUAAUAAAGAAUUAUUAUCAUUUUUAAUGAUUGGUUUAUGUACAAUUAAUAAAUUUACUUUACAAUUAUGUAUAAAAUUAUUUCCAUAUAUUCCAAUGUUUUUAAUAAAAUCAUUAGUUUAUAGAAUUUAUUGUGGAGGAGAAACAGUUAAAGAAGUUUCAAAUACUGGUUCAAGAUUAUUUAAAAGAGGUAUAAAUAAUAUGAUGAUUUCUUUAACUAUUGAAGCUUGUGAAGGUGAAAAGAAAGUAUCAAUUGAUCCUCAAUUUAUUAUAGAUGAAACUAAUAAAUCAAUAAAUGAAAUCUUAGUACCUCAUACUAUAUCAAUGAUUGAAAAUACUAAAAUGAAUAUAAAUGAUAUACCUUCAGGUUAUGUUGCUUUAAAACCAACAGGAUUUAUAAAAAAUUCAGCUCAUGUUUUAAAAAAUUAUAAAAAUGGUGAAGAAAAAUCAUUUGAAGAAUUAGUUGAAAAAAUAAGUAAAUGUGUUGAAACAGUAUAUAAUUCAAAUUUAAAAUUAUCAAAAAAAUAUCCCGAUAGAGUUGCACCAUUUGUUGUUGCUGUAAUAGAUGCAGAAAAAUAUGAUUUACAACCAGCUGUAUAUGAAUUACAAAGAAGAUUAUAUCAAAAAUUUAAUAAAUUAAAUAAUCCAAUUUCAGUAGUUGGUACAUUACAAAUGUAUUUAACAGAUUCUUCAAAUUUAUUAGAAUAUGAAGAAAAAUUAGCCACAAAAAAUGGGUAUAAAUUAGGUUUAAAAUUAGUUAGAGGUGCUUAUUUACAUUCUGAAAAAAAUAGAAACACCGUAAUUCAUAAAUCAAAACAAGAUACUGAUGAAAAUUAUAAUAAAUCUAUAACAUAUUGUAUAAAUCAAAUUUUAAAUCAACCUUCAAAAACAUCAAAUAUUGGUCAUUUAGUAAUAGCAUCUCAUAAUUCAGAUUCUUUAAAAUUAGCAACAAAUAUAAUAUAUAAUGAUCAAAACCAACAAAAUCCAAAUAAGAAUAAUAUAGUAUUAGGUCAAUUAUUAGGUAUGGCAGAUUCAAUUACUUAUGAUUUAAUAACCAAGAAAAAUAUAAAAAAUGUUAUAAAAUAUGUUGCUUGGGGUCCUCCUUUGGAAACAAAAGAAUAUUUACUAAGAAGAUUAGAAGAAAAUGGUGAUGCUGUUAAAAAUGAUAAUGGUUGGCCUUUAGUAAAAGCAAGUUUUAUGACUUUAAUUGGUAGAAUUUUAAAAACUAAAGCUUGA